ACUCUGAGCAUUCUUCAAAGCCAAUUUGUGGCCAGAAUUUUGAGCCGAGUCUCAAAGUCCCAACCGCCCUGAGCAGCCACAGCCAAUCAUCGCGGGGUUCAUCGCGAAAUGUCCCACGCACGGGCCGCGACACACGAUGCAGCGGCUCCACCUACGCGGUAGCGGAGGUCGCGUCACAACGCGUCUUUGAUGGACAGGGAUACAAAUUGAAUUCGUGGCGCGCUUGGCUGAACAGACGACUUCAUAUCAUCCUGCGGGACUGUGCUGCAUCUUCAUAUUCACCACUCCAAACCUGUACUUGUGCGCGACGUCUAUUCCUGGGCCUUCUUGCUAAGUUUACGCAUCGCACUUGCCUCGACCUUCAUCGCUCCUUCUCUAUUUUUCGCCUCCUGCAUCAUGAGCCCAACAUUGGGAAAGAGAUCCCGGACUGUGCUCGAGGAUGUCAGCCCACAGACACCUCGACGAACAACGAGAACAACCAAGCCAGUCAUCUACGACGCGGAGAACAUUGACCCCGAGGUGGUUGACGAUGAGGUGCUCGACAUCCUCGAGGAUCUUCCCUCCACCAAGCGUCAGCGCACUGCAAGCAAGAGGGUUCCCGUGACACCAACGACACCAAGGCACCGCCAUGUGCUGUCCGACUCCCCAUCUACCCCGAGACAUGUGGUCAUGUCCGCUGGCAAACUUUUCAAGCGCAUGACGCCCUCAUCACCUUUGACGCCCUCGGCGGUACAGACUGUGUACCACUCAGCCCGUCAAGUGUUUACGCAUGGCGCUGAGCCGGGUACCCUGGUCGGGCGUGAGGAGGAGCGGGCGACAUUGACGGCCUUUUUGGCGAGGUGCAACAGCAAAGACGCAAGUGGUUGUCUGUAUGUGAGCGGGCCUCCCGGCACAGGCAAGAGUGCCAUGAUCACCGAGCUGCUGCAGCCUUACUCGACCCGAGAGGAUGUCAAGUCCGUCUACAUCAACUGCAUGAGCAUCAAGUCGUCAAAGGACCUCUACAACACGUUGCUUGGUGCCCUGGGCGAGGGCGAGGACAGAAAUGAGGCAGACGCCAUGUCAACACUACAGGAGGUCUUGUGCCAAAAGAAGCAAGGGUCAGCAUCGACAUGUCUUGUCACGCUGGAUGAGAUUGAUCACAUCCUCACCCUCGGUCUGGAGAGUCUCUACCGCCUGUUUGAGUGGUCCCUUCAGAGCCCCUCGCGUCUUCUCCUCAUCGGCAUCGCCAACGCUCUCGACCUGACGGAUCGUUUUCUGCCUCGCCUCAAGUCGAAAAACCUCAAGCCCGAGCUGCUCCCAUUCUUGCCGUACAGCGCCCCACAAGUAAAGAACAUUAUCACCACACGACUCAAGUCUUUGUUGCCAGCGGGCGCCAAGGAAGGAUUCGUCCCCUUUAUUCAUCCCGCUGCCAUUGAGCUUUGCUCGAGAAAGGUGGCGAGCCAGACGGGUGAUCUGCGCAAGGCGUUCGAGAUCUGCCGCCGAGCGCUGGACCUCAUCGAGCAGGAAGUCCGGUCCAAGCACGAGGACGAGGCGAGGGAGGAGCUCCUGCAGAUGACACCGUCAAAGAAGCCACUCGGCGAGAAGAUCAACGGUGCCUCCUCCGACCGCCGAAGCAUUGUGCAGAUCAUGGCCAAGUCUCUGAAGGAGCUCACGGCGGACGAUGCGCCGAGGGCGUCCAUUGGCCACCUGAACAAAGUCACGGCAGCGGCUUUCAGCAACGGCACGACGCAGCGGCUCAAAGCCCUGAACCUGCAACAGAAAGCAGCCCUCUGCGCUCUCGUGGCUUACGAGCGUCGCGCACGGGAGAAGGUCAAGGCAUCCGCGGAGGGCACGCCCUCCAAGUCACGCACCCUCGCGCCUACGGUCAGGAUCCUCUUUGAUACGUACAGCACAUGCUGCACGCGCGACGCGGUUCUCCACCCGCUCUCCAGCUCCGAGUUCCGCGAGGUGGUCGGCAGCCUGGAGACAUUGGGCUUGGUGAACGCAGUGGAUGGCAAGAACGGGAGCUUUGUGACGCCGCAGACACCGAGUCGCAAGGGUCGCAAGCCCACCGCAGCCAGUGGCGAUGACAGGAGGGUGGCAUGUGCAGCGGGCGAUAAGGAUAUGGAGAGCAUGGCGGAGGGGAUCGGCGCGGGUAUACUCAAGGCCAUUCUGAGUGGAGAGGCAUUGGACUAAGGAUUCUACUACGGGUGCACUUGAUUUCUGGGUUUCAUGGCGAGGCGCACACGGCAUAGCAUGGCAUACUGGGUUGGCGUCCAAAUUUUCAGCAUAGCAUCCAAGACACAAAGUUUUUUUUCCCG